AUGUCGUUGAACAGAAUUAAUGUGCCCAAGAAUAUACUCGCUACUUCCAUGAACGGAGGAACCCAUCUUCCUCGAAUUUUAGAAGUUUUGAAAUUUUUAAUGGAACGAGGAUAUAAUGUAACAUUAAUAUCCCCAGGAAACUAUACGGCUAGAUCCAUCCAUUACCGUUCAAUUCCACAAGUUAUUUUUGCAAAUGAAUAUUUGGAGCGCGAACUUCCAUCAGCAAUGAAUAAUGUAUUCAAUGAGGAUGACUAUUUUAAGUCAUUUUCCACUUUAAAAAGCACAGCAGUUCAAUCCUACUUGCCUUUUUAUAAUAUUUAUGAAAAAGUUGCUAAAGAAAUCAACGCAGAUUUAUUU